CAUCUCGACAACCCACCCUUAAGAAAUGUUGUCUUCUAUACCCAUGGUGUGUCUUCCUCUAUCUCUUACUUCUAGCCUUCAUAGCUUUCAUCUCAGUCUUGUUCUGGACAAGUUGGCGUCCCAUGAAGCCUUCUUAUACCAUAGAUGAUCUCUCAAUCCCAGUAUUGAAUGUCCUACUGGGAACUCCACCAACAGACAAUACCAUCUCACUCACAAUAAAAGUUUUGAACCCAAACAGAGCUUUCAGUAUUCACUUUUAUUACAUCAAUGUGACACUUAAUUAUGGUGCUCAACCCAUUGGAAAUACAGAUAUUAGUAACAUCACUCAGUUGAAGCCUACACAGACCAGUUCACUAGUUAAGAGCUUCACUGUAUACCAGAAAUUCACUCAGGUGAUUCGGAAACUGGCGGCGAUCGACGGGAAGGUUGAAGUGGAGGAAGGUAGAUAUGUUAUUUCAUAGAGAGGGAGAAGAGAUGAUAACAAUGAGGUGCUAGUACAUGCUACGCAGCCAGGCAGUCCAAGAAAAAAAGUGAGACCCAUAAAUGUUUACUUUAUUUUUGUCUUCUUCUCAACUUUCCCACGUCGAUACUGUUGAAGGACUCCCCUUGCAGAGGGGGUGGAGGGGGUUGCAGAGGGAGGUGUGGUGGCCUUGUACAAGAACAACUAUUCUCGUUGUACAACAAUGAGCCAACAUGUGGGAUACCCAUAACCAAGGCAAUUUAUAUUGUUACUUUCUUAAAGAAU